AGUUUCAAGAGUGCCCCUUCCUGGUCACGUGACCCAGAAGCGAACACACCUGUUUGUAAUGACACCCCUUUUUCCAAUCAACGUUAUGAUAUGAUUUUUUUCAAACAAUAGAAACUAAUAGAAAGAAGUUUCUGUGCGUUUGGGAAUUAACAACCCAAUUAAUUGGAUUUAUUUUAUUGACAGCUGAUACUAUUAUUCGGGUUAACUUAUCGACAGCACAGUAACAGUUCAUAAAACAUGUAUACCUAGAAAGAGUUUCAAGGGUGCCCCUUCCUGGUCACGUGACCCAGAAGCGAACACACCUGUUUGUAAUGACACCCAUUUCCAAUCAACGUUAAUGUCGUCACGGCUGUUAUUCCGAGUUUUGUAGACCCAAGAAUGCUUUCCGUGGGUGUGUUGUCAUCCGUUCCCACUCGCCGCCAUCAUCCAGGCCGGGUUUUGUUAGAACGCCGCCACUUUCCUGGAGCUUGUGGAUUGGCUGCAGGAGCAAAGGUAGCCCGCAGAGACCUCUCCUCUCCUCGCCUUUUUCGCUCCAGUCCCUCCAGUCAGUCCGCGGAGGAGUCACGGCACUCAGACACUGCUCACGUACGGCGUGGACUAACCGGAGCAUGCGUCCGGCACCGGGGCAUCGAUCCACAAGUGAGCGGCUCAAGUGGAAGACAAACGGACACACAUUUUAAAGCAACGUCCUCUCCUCGGUGGAACUCCGCGGACCUGCUUGGAUUUAUUCACGUACACUUUUUGAGGGCUCUUUUCUAAAUAUUAUUUUGGGUGGACUGAGACCUGCAUUUUAACGGUUGUUUGUGGGAAGAAAAAAAAAGAACCAAAAAAAGCAGACCCCCCAGGAGCGCAGUUUUUGGCUCCUCGUCAUGGGCCACCAAGGCGCACAAGCUGACAGAGACGACACGGGAAGACGGACGAGGAGGUCCCCCCCGGAGAUGCUCACUCUGCUGGGGCUCCUGCUCCUGGCGCACCCCGGCCUGGCUCAAGUUGAUGAUGACUUCAUAGGUCUCGGCGAGCUGCCGGAAACCUUUCCCUCGGACCCCCCGGAGCCUCUGCCCGUAUUCCUGAUGGAGCCCGAGGAGGCCUACAUCGUCAAGAACAAGCCCGUCAACCUGUACUGCAAAGCCACGCCGGCCACUCAGAUCUAUUUCAAGUGCAACAGCGAGUGGGUUCACCAGAAGGAGCACACGGUGGAGGAGCGCGUGGACGAAAACUCUGGCCUGGUGGUGAGAGAAGCCAGCAUUGAGAUCACUCGGCAGCAAGUGGAGGAACUUUUUGGACCGGAGGAUUUCUGGUGUCAAUGUGUGGCCUGGAGCUCCGCAGGGACCACCAAGAGCCGUAAAGCCCACGUCCGCAUCGCCUACUUGAGGAAAACUUUUGACCAAGAGCCACUUGGGAAGGAAGUAUCACUGGAACAGGAAGUUUUGCUCCAGUGCCGACCACCUGAAGGCAUUCCGAUGGCCGAGGUGGAGUGGCUAAAGAACGAGGAGGUGAUCGACCCCGCCGAUGACAGGAACUUCUACAUCACCAUCGACCACAACCUGAUCAUCAAACAGGCUCGCCUCUCGGACACGGCCAACUACACCUGUGUGGCUAAGAACAUUGUGGCCAAGCGACGCAGCACCACUGCCACCGUGAUAGUCUACGUAAAUGGAGGCUGGUCUACAUGGACAGAGUGGUCGGUGUGCAACAGCCGCUGUGGGCGGGGUUACCAGAAACGCACCCGUAGCUGCACCAACCCAGCGCCACUUAACGGUGGCUCCAUAUGUGAAGGCCAAGGCAUCCAAAAGCUGCCGUGUAAUCCUCUGUGUCCAGUGGAUGGCCUGUGGACAGAGUGGAGUAAGUGGUCCACGUGUGGGACAGAGUGCACCCACUGGAGGAGGAGGGAAUGCGGCGCUCCGGCACCCAAAAACGGUGGCAAGGACUGUGAGGGCAUGGUGCUCCAGUCCAAGAACUGCACGGAUGGGCUGUGCAUGCAGAGUUCCUUAUAUCAGAAGUCAUCUGAGGCUAAAGGCAAGCUUGAGUUGGCAAACACAUUGGCGCCCAGCACAGACGAUGUGGCCCUCUACGUGGGCAUCGUCAUAGCCGUCAUCAUGUGCCUGGUCAUCUCCGUGGUGGUGGCGCUCUUCGUCUACAGGAAGAACCAUCGGGACUUUGACUCGGACAUCCUGGACUCAUCCGCCCUCAACGGUGGCUUCCAGCCCGUCAGCAUCAAGACGGCACGCAAAGCCGAUCUCCUCACGGCACCUCCAGACCUAACCUCAGCAGCCGCCAUGUACAGAGGACCCGUCUACGCGCUCCACGACGUGGCGGACAAAAUCCCCAUGACCAACUCCCCCCUGCUCGACCCUCUCCCCAACCUGAAGAUCAAGGUGUAUAACUCCUCCGGCCUGGUGACGCCUCAGGACGACCUGGGAGGCGAGUUCUCCUCCAAACUGUCCCCCAAACUGCCCCACUCCCUUCUGGACAAUGGUGACAGCACGAUGGGACGUCGCACGCAGACCCAGACUUUGCUCCGCUCCAGGGACCCGUCCUGCACCGCUGUUGGCUCCUUCAGCUCGCAAGGGGGCCACCUCAUUGUCCCCAACUCAGGUGUGAGUCUGCUGAUCCCAGCAGGAGCCAUCCCUCAGGGCCGCGUGUACGAAAUGUACGUCACCGUCCAGAGGAAGGAGACGUUGAGGCCCUCAGUUGAAGAUGGGCAGACCGUACUGAGCCCCGUGGUGAGCUGUGGCCCACCCGGCGCCCUGUUGACACGGCCCGUCAUCAUCACCAUGCACCACUGCGCCGUGUCCGACGGCCAACAGGACUGGCUCAUCCAGCUCAAGAGCCAGUCGCCACAGAACAUGUGGGAGGACGUGGUGGUGGUGGGCGAGGAGAACUUCACCACGCCGUGCUACAUCCAGAUGGACGAUGAGGCCUGCCACAUCCUGACGGAGACGCUGGGCACCUAUUGCCUGGUGGGACAGUCGCUCAGCGCCGCCACCACCAAGCGCCUCAAACUGGCCGUCUUUGGGCCACUCACCUGUCCCGCCAUGGAAUAUCACAUCAGGGUCUACUGCCUGGACGACACGCAGGACGCACUCAAGGAGGUCCUCCAGAUGGAGAAGCAAAUGGGCGGCAAGCUGUUGGACGAACCAAAGACUCUCAACUUCAGCGACAGCACCCACAACCUGAGACUGUCCAUCCACGACAUUCCUCACACUCUGUGGAAGAGCAAACUGCUGGCCAAGUACCAGGAGCUCUGCUUUCAGCAAGUGUGGGACGGCUCGCAGAGGAACCUCCACUGCUGCUUCACGUUGGAACGCUUCUCCAGCACCACUGUGGACCUGGCCUGUAAGAUCUGUGUGCGCCAAGUGGAGGGAGAAGGACAGAUCUUUCAGCUGGACACCACGCUCUCAGAGGACUCCCAGAGCAUCGACACGUCUCUGCUGGACCCGGCCAGUAACAUCACCACGCUGGUGGGACCCAAUGCGUUCCGCAUCCCCGUCUCCAUCCGCCAAAAGCUGUGCGGCAGCCUGGACGCGCCGCAGACCCGAGGCAACGACUGGAGAAUGCUGGCGCACAAACUCAACCUUGAUAGGUAUCUCAACUAUUUUGCCACCAAAUCCAGCCCCACAGGGGUCAUCCUGGACCUGUGGGAGGCCCAGCAUUUCCCCGACGGCAACCUGAGCCGCCUGGCCCAAGUCCUGGAGGAGAUGGGCCGCCAUGACAGCCUCCUGCCUGCUGCUGGCGAGCACUGACGUCGUCUUCUAGCGGGAUGACGAGGAUGGUGACUUGGUGAGAAAAAGAAACUGGUAUUUUUUUUUUUUUUUUUGGGCACUGGUUGCCGUGGAAACAGCUGUCCUGUGUGGACACCAGAAAGUGAGACAGAGGAAGCAUCUUCAGUCAGUCUCCAUAGCAACCACCACCAUCGAUGGACUGAUAAUGUGUGAUUCUAUUUAAUAAUGAAUAAUAAUUACAAUUAAUCCCAUUUAUGUUUUUAUCUUUUGGAAAUAUGUUUCAAUGUCCUUUUUCUUCAUUUUGACCAUCUCUCCUUUUCUGUAGGAUUCUUUUUGAAUGAAAAUUCCGGAUGCUGUGUUAUUAUCUUUGUGAUAAAAAGCGGUCGAUCAUUGGAUGUGAUCUGUCACAUCAAAUCUAUUUUUCUAGGACCAAAUUGAAUACGAGAGUUGCUUUUUUGCCAAAUAAUUGACGUACGUACGUACGUGUAUUGAGAAGGCCCCAAACACAGUUGUUCAUUUCUCCAGUCAACUAAGGGAAGUUUAGUGUUUAGUUUGUAAAUGCAACAUGUUUUGUUUUUUGGAAAGCCGUCUAUGCAAACUUUGCAUUAGUUAUUUUAUGAUUUUAUUGAAGGUCCUUAUAGGGAUGGCCUUUGUUGUGCUGUGGCUUCAUGACGACAUGUAUGUAUGUAUGUAUGUAUGUAUGCAUUUGUUUGUACCAGGACGAUCCUCUCGUACGCUUGAAUCUCAUCCGGCAAUUGUAUAAAGUGUAAGAAAAUGAUUUUUAAGACUAAUAAUAAAUUAUAUUUAUAUGCAACACUGACACAAGGAAUAUGGGGAUUUUAUUGGAGUGGAGUUUUUGAAUUGCUGGUGGAUACAUCACUGAAGAUCAUGGCAGCCUCCGGUAUGCAGGUAUGUAGACGUCGCCAUGCAAAACCCAUCCAUCCAUCCGUUUUCUAUGUCGAUUAUCUUCACCAGGAUCGUGGCUAUGCUGGAGCCUAUCCCAGCUGUCUUUGGGCAAGAGGCCGGCACACCCUGGAAUGGUCGCCAGCCAAUCACGGCGCACAUAUAGACAAACAA